AUGUGGGACGCUGAGAUACUCCUCUGUCCGUCUGUCCUCUGCUCGCCUCUCGUAAUGUGUUCCCGUCUCUUCACCUCUCUUGCGUCCUCCGUCCCCACCUCUCUACGUCUCCCAACUGACGCAGGGCACAGACUCUCUGCGGUGCCUCUCCUCACUCCUUUUUGGGAGUUGUGGGCCACGGAGAAAACACAGCCUCAAGUCAAGCGUGCACAUCUGUGUGUCUGUGCAAGUGCAGUAAUGUACAGAAGACGUCUCCCCGCCCGUCUCGCGCUUCGCUACAAGAAUCGAAGUCGAUGGCGAGCUCCUCUGACCGGUGUGUGCGUGCUGGUGUGCCUUCUGCUGGGACUCUUCGUGCUGCUUCACACUUCGUGGAGCGAUGGCAUGCAGCCCACCGUUUCAAUGGUGCCAGUGCCGUCCGCGUCGCUGUUGCCGCGAUUGACCGAGGAGACAAUACUAGGGGCGUCAGGCCCCACUCUCGUCUCUACCGGCGCCCCUCUGAGCACACUCACUACCGCCGCCACCGCGGCAUCGCAGCCGAGUCUCGCUUCAGAUAACAGAGACAACACUGCGCGUGCAACGGGCGCGUCCCCAGCGGGGACCACGCACACCACCUCCGACGCCUCCCAGAUGAUGGAGGGACUAGAGCGCGACGCAGGCGAGUUACACAGCCGAUACGCGGUAGAGAUCGCUCACCUCGACGCCCUUGACGUCUUUCCCCUUCGCCCGCGCGAGCGCCGCAUCUCCUUUGUCGAGUUCGCGCGCUGUCUCGGCACCCGUCUCUCCGUCUGCCCCGACACAGGAGUAGAGGCGGCUCGAGACGACCUCGCCUCCGACAGGUACGCACCUUUUCUCAUCACCGUCACGCUGGAAAACACGCAGGACCUCAAGGCGCUGCUCUGCAACUUAACGGUGCCGUACCGCUACAUCGUACUCGCCCAGAACGGCGACACACCCGAGGCGACGCCGUUUUUUCAGCUGCUGCGCCGCGUGUUCGCCUUCACGACGCGACUGACGGUUCUUCAGUUCCUCGACAACGUUGGCUUCGCCGGUGCCGUCAAUGCUGGGCUGCGUGAGGCGCUUGCCCACCCGUUUAGCGAGGUGCCUUUUGUCCAUAUUCUGCACAACGACGUGCGCUUCUUGUUUUCGUCGCUCGAGCAGGCUGUGGCAGGAGCCUACAGGACGACAGCAAAGGACAUGGAGACAAUCGAGACUCUGGAGAAGGAGGUGGCGACAGAGCCGAACGAGCACACGCCGCUGAUCUGGCAGCCAAACGGUCUGCGCGCGCCGCUUGUGCCGGGUGCCCCGUUGCCCCAGCAAUACAGCCGAAAACCGGUUGUCGUCACGUCCGCGCUGUUGCCGGACCGUGCUCGGUACAUGACGCCCUCCCAGCGCGCAGGGCUGAUGACGGGGCACACCUCCUUCAUGUUCGCCAACAGCCGCGGCGAGUACACGAGCGUGUUUCUCUCCCGCCUGGCCGUACUGACGGUUGGGUUCUUUGACGAAAACUUCUUCCCUAUCCUUUACGACGACACAGACUACCGCUGGCGCGCUCACCUGCUGGGCUUUGUUGAGGACCGCAGCUCGGCGACGAGCGACCAGGUUAUCUCCUUCGACCUCGACUGCGUUAACCAAGCCAUGAGGGACGGCGACGGCGAUGGCGACGUGGAGGGUCGACUAGGGCUUCACAAGAGAGCGAGUGGCCCGACGCUGUCUCCGGAAGGCAGGGCCCUUCAACGCGACUGCCGCAGGGCUUUUUAUGCCGGCGUGCAGUACGCCUAUAUGCAGCGGAAGUGGGGAGUGAAGGCCAUGACGGAGCUCAUGGUGCCUCAUACACGGCGGGAGCCGUUCAGCGGCGAGGCGUUCGCUGGUAAGCGGCGCCUGCCGCUGGACGCGUGGGUGGUUGAUACGGGCCGGCUCACCAAGGUGCGGAGGUGGCUGCGCGACGUUGGGCGGAUCCCCCUUGAUGUCGACAGCUACAAUACGGAUGUUAUUCUGCAGGCUGUCAAUUCUUAG